AUGGAACAAACAAUUAAGAUUUUAUUAUUUAUUAAAAUUACUACUUUUAUACUUUUAUGUUGGAUAUGUCAUUUUUACAGUAAAGUGGGUACUCUUAUGAAAUCUUUAGACGAAAAAGAAAAUUAUCGUAGAAAUAUACAUGCAAGAACUUAUCGUUUACUAGAAACAUACGGAAAGGAUAAUAAUUCAAGUUCUUUAUAUUUAAAAGAAGGUUUGCCAAUUAAUGGAAUUCACAAAAAAAUAGAUACAACUUAUAAUGAGAAAUAUGACUCAGAAAAAAGGAAACAAUCAAAUGUAUGUCCAUCAAGAUUUGCAGGAGGUCAUCAACCAGGUGUGAAAAAUAAAUCUUGUGUAUUUGAAACAAAAAAAUAUUCCCAUUUAGAAAAAAAAAUAUUUAAGGAACUCGAUUAUCAAAAUUUUCUUAAAAACAACAGAAUAAUUAGUGAUAAGUUGUACAAAAAAAUAUUAUGUAAAAAAUACAGAUUACGACUUGUUAUACCUUUAUUAUUAUUAUUUAUUUUAAUAAUAUCUCUAAUAUUAGAUUAUUCUUGUAAUAGUGGUUUUAGAAGGGGGUUGUAUAAAUUAUUAAGUCUUAUAUUAGGUAAGGCAGGAAUGAAAGAUUUUCACAAUUUCUUGAAGUCUACUGUAGGUUCGUUUUUCAAAUAUACAAUAGAAGUAACUAGGAAUAGUCAGAAAAAAAUUGCUGAGAUUUAUAGAACACCGUUUUUAAAUUUUCUAAUAUAUAGCAUUUUAUUCUUUAUAUUGGGUAUCAUUAUUAUAUCAGGAAUUAUUUAUUACCAUAAAAAAGUUAAAAAAUACGAAAAAAUUAAAUUCAGGAAAAGGUAA